AUGGCCGAGGAACAGAAGAACGUCGUCGUCCCCGAGGAGACCAAGCCUGAGACCACCGGUAUCUCGGCUCCCACCGUCGAGACUCCCGCUGAGUCCAAGCCCGCCGAAGAGACACCCGCUGUCGCUGCCGAGUCUGCUCCCGCUGCUGAGGACAAGCCUGCUGAGGAGGCCAAGCCCGCUGAGGCUGAGGAGGCCCCCAAGGCCGAGGAGAAGAAGGAGGAGGUCAAGCCCAUCGAGGAGGGUCACCUGAACCACAAGGCUCAGGGCCUGAGCUUCCCCAAGAACCUGAUUGCCAGCAAGGAGUUCUUCUGGUUCGGCUCCGAGGCCGUCGAGCCCAAGGCCCUCGCCCAUUACCUCAAGGCCGAGAAGUCUGCCGAUACUGCCCACUCCAACAUUGCCUGGGCUUCCGAGACUGGCAAGGGCCUUCUCUUCGUCGGCGACAAGACCACCCCCUCUAGCGUCAUCAGCCUGGCUGAUGCUACUGAGCCCGAGACCGAUGGCUCCCACAAGUUCCACCUCACCUCCAAGGGCAACAAGCACACCUUCAAGGCUGCCAACGCCGCUGAGCGUGACAACUGGGUUGCCCAGCUGAAGCUCAAGAUCGCCGAGGCCAAGGAGCUCGUCGCUACUGUCACCGAGUCGGAGACCUACAAGGCCACGGUCGAGAGCUUCAAGCCUGCUGUUGCUAAGAAGGAGGAGAAGGCUGCUGAGGCCCCCAAGGAGGAGGCCGCCCCUGUCAUUGAGGAGCCCGCCGCCGAGGCUGCCCCCGCUACCGAGGAGGCUCCCAAGGAGGAGGAAGCCAAGGAGGAGCGCAAGAAGGAGGAGGUCAAGUCUGAGGAGCCCAAGCGACGAUCCGCCAGCCGCAAGCGCACUUCUUUCUUUGGCUUCGGCAAGAAGGAGGAGUCCAAGAAGGAAGAGGUCAAGAAGGAGGCUGAGGCCAAGCCCGCCGAGGAGACCGCUGUUGCCGUCGAGACCCCUGCCGAGGAGGCUCCUAAGACUGAGGAGGCCCCCAAGAUCGAGGAGCCCGCCAAGCCUGCUGAGGUCGUUGAGGAGCCUGCCAAGGCUGCCGAGGAGACCCCCGCUGAGGCUGCUCCUGCUGCUGAGGAGAAGCCUGCUGAGAGUCCUAAGGAGAAGCCUGCCCCCAACAAGCGCAACAGCUUCUUCGGCAACGUCUUCUCUAAGAAGGAGAAGAAGACUCCCGAGCUGAAGCCCACUGAGCCCGCUGAGGCCCCCAAGGAGGGCGAGGCUACUGAGACCGCCCCCGUCAUCCCUCCUGUCGAGGCCACCACUCCCCUUGCCGUUGACGUCUCCAGCCCUGCCACUGUCCCCGCCGAGACCACCGAGGCUGCUGCCGCUACCUCUCCCGCCCCCGAGGCUAAGAAGGAGAUCAAGGAGAAGCGAAAGUCUUCUCUCCCCUUCGCCUUCGGCAAGCGCGACAAGUCUCCCGCCCCCGGCGAGGGUGAGAAGGUCAAGGAGAGCCCCUUCUCCAAGCUCCGCAACACCAUCCGCGGCAAGUCCCCCAAGCCUGCUGAGAAGCACGCCGAGGAGCCCAAGGAGGAGACCCUGAAGGAGGAGCCUGCUAAGGAGGAGGAGCCCAAGACUGAGGCCCCCAAGGAGGAGGAGGCUGCCAAGCCUGCCGAGCCCGAGGCCGAGAACAAGCCUGAGAACGCUACCACUCCCGCUCCUGUCGUCACCGCCGCUGCCUAG